AUGGCUAGACACUGGCAGGGAGAACGGGCACUACAAGCUGCUACUGCCAAUUCAAACAUCAACUAUGUCAUUUUGAGGGCAGGAAAAUUGGUACCAGACCACGAAUUUCCAUCGGAUGCUCCCACCGGACUCACCUAUGGACAAGGGGAUGCCUUUUGGUUUUUUGGUGUGGCAGGAAUACCUGGCAUGUGCAACACGCAACUUGCACGGUCGGUGCGAACGGCAAUGAAGGUGCAAGGACAGUAUACCGUCGAGGUCACGGGAGGCACCACGGAUGCCAACGACCCAAAGGCAUUCUUGGCAUUGCAGCAAGACCAACCACUACAAGAAGCGAUACCGGGGCUAGCAGAUCAUUCCGAAGAACAAGUGCUUUCGAUAGCGCUCCAAUGCCACGAACAAGCGCUCGUCGAUUUCGCCAUUUAUGCUGGAGGAUUUGGACUGCUCUUUGUCUUGCUCAUGCUCCGGGUUCAGUGGGGCAUUCCUGCCAGAAUCAUUGCCCUGCUUUUUAUGCCCAUUCUAUUUGUGCUCUUUUGGACCUUUGUCAUGUCGGACAAAUCCGUUGAGGAUUGUCUACGUACUGCUGCUGCUGCUGCACAAACCAAAACCAAUGAAUUAUAA